UUCACAAUUACGCUUAACAUAUCAUGAUUGCUACAAGCUUGUAGGCGCCCAGCAUAAGAUGUAAUGGCAUGUGGGAUGUGCUGUUGCCGGUCAAGAGGUACAGAAGCCUCCCAUCAGCCUGCAAAGGUAAUGUGGAAGCGGACGAUGUGAUGAAAUCGGUGACCUCCCCUGUGUUAACGCAGCCUUCUGCUACCGUAUGUGAAAGCGCACGACCUACUUCACUACAAUGCCCACACUGGCAAUCCUACGCUACCACUAACCUCACUUCUCACUCACCCUCGCGUCACUCUAGGAUGCUACCACCGCGUUCCCUAGACCACUGCAUUUUGGGUUAUUUGGGCCCGCGGCUUUUCUCUAUGUGUUGCAUGUGCUUUUGAACUUCAAGUUGGUCAACACCACUGUACUUCAAGAACCUUGGUGCUCCCUUCUAUCCUUCACAUCCUCUCCUACACAGUGAGACAAAAUCCCACCCAACUCUGUUAUCCGCGUUGCUUCCACCUUGUUCUUCCCUUUGUCGAACUGUCCACGCGACUGCCUUAAACCCCUUCUAGAGGGGCUAAACCCUUCUAGAUCACAUCGCAGCAACUUGGGGACUAGGCAGCUUCUUUAACAUCCAAAUCGGUCAAUCUCGCCGCGAUGGCGCAGAGAUUGUUCAAGCAGCAUGUCACGGAGGCCAGCCUUGCCGAUAUUGCUCACAUAAAGGGUGUGCGCUCUCCUGAUGACGGGCUUAUCAGUUGUACCUACACCGAUGCCGAAUUGCACAGCGCCAGCAUACAAGUUUGCACUACGAACCUUGACAACUACCCCCAGGGCAACUCCUUCAUGCUCUAUACCGACGACGAAAAUGUCGAUCCUAUUAUCCCACGGACUUUGCAAGAGGUGACUGAUCGCGCGAGGGGUAAGACAGUUUUUGCAAUGCUGUCGGAGCUGUCGCAGCGCCUUACAGCAGCUUUUACGUCUCAGGGAGGAGAGGCGACAUCGGACAUCGAAGAAGCGAGCCAAGAUUCGGAGGUGUUCGACACGGAUUCGGACUUGUCUGCCUCAGAGGAUGAGGACUUUGACUUCUCGGAGCUUAUCCAGCACGGUCCAGGUAACAGACCGGUAUGCUCGAAUCCCACCUCCGCCUCAAAGAGAAAAGUCAGCCUGCACAAGAUGCAAGGUGACGUUAAGAUUCUCAAGGAAGCGGGCUUCCGUGUCGGUGCUUUUGGCGAUUUCAUCACCUCAGGAAUCCUGUGCAUUUCGAUCCGCAUGCCCAAAAUAGGUCUUUCUGAAGAAGUCAUGGAUGCGUGGGGUUUGCGACGCCAACAUUACCUUUUGCUUCUGGUUCAUUAUGCAGAAGGAUACAUCGGAGCUCAGCGACUGGUGGAGGACUCCAACCAUCGUGGCACUGUGGCUAUGCACGUCGGACUGUGCGAGCACUACAAACCCACUGCCAAUGACGCUUGGGCAAUCUUUGGGCGGGCUGGAUCCAUCGGCGAAGCAACGACUCAGGCGAGGAACGAUAAUAGCGAUAAGCAACUGGAGCAUCUCUUCAUCGGCCAAGCACUCAACCAACUCCUCCAGGAGCGCUUUUUCGCGAUCAUCAAGUUGCGGGCAUCAUAUGGUCUGAGCUGGUUGGGAGCAGAAACAUUAUUCGCCGACCUCCGAGUGCAGCCCAAGGAUAUGGGGAGUGAGGAGGUAGGAAGAUAUCAAGCCCUGGACGACACCGCUAGUCGCAAGCUUCCAGCUGUUGUAUCGGCUGACCAUAGUCUCGAAGUUCCACUCGAGCGUGCGUCGUUACCGCUGAUCAUGAUGCAAUUCGUCCUGAGACAUUUCGUUCGGUGUCCUGAGUUCUGUCUUGUAUGCCACUGUCGGGUGGAUGACACCUUUGAGGCUCUGAAACCUUACGUUUGCACUAAACCACUCUGCCUGUAUCAGUACAUGGCUCUUGGUUUCGGGCCAAGUCUGGAAUGCGAGAUUCUGAACAACCCAUCCGUGGUUGAUCUUUUGAUCAGCUGCUGCUAUACAGCCGUGGUUUUCCGCCAGCUCAAGGACCUGCCUAUAGGCCUGGGCCUAGUUGUGCCAAACUUUGUGCCAUUCUUGCCAGACGAGGAGGUACAGGGUAUUCUGAGCCACAAUUUUCGAGUCUAUGGCAAGUCAAAAAAGUCCUUCGCCGGCCAGUGGUCUCCCGCUAGUAAAACGAUUCGAGUCCGCCCGUGCGACCCGGGGGAGCCUUAUGCAACUGGCGAGAACGUCAAGGCGGGAGACUGGUUGGUCCUAACACAUUACGGCCAGGCCCAGCCUUGCGUUCACUGUCGAGUCCAGCGCGUUGCAUUACCUAUCAUCGAAGUCGGCCAGGAGAUUGCGGAAGGCGGCGAAACCCCCCAAUUCCGGAAAACUCCCCGCGGCGAAUGGCGAAAGAAUGACAUUUUGGGGGUCGACGUGUAUUGCCACAAUCUACAGUUUGACGAUUUUCGACACCAGGCCUAUCUCCGCACGUUGUUGGACAUAUUGCCAAGCGUCCGAGACAUGUACGAGUACUUGCAAGGGGGGGGAUCUCUCAAGGGGUGGAGCGAGCGGAUCCCCGAAUCAGCCGUCAACCUGCUUCGCUGGAUUGUGGCGUCAAAUCGAUCGUGCAUCACAGAAGUCGACGAAGUCACUGACAGUAUCAAGCGGAACGCCCCGUUGAAGAAAGAAGACCGUGUCAUAGGCAUGGAUGGCUGGAUGCAAUUUCGCAUUGCGCAAGGAGCCCCGGAUAAGGAGAAGCGAUUCAGAGCCUGUGUCAUGGAACAAGCGGCCACCACUGGAACAGAACAUCCCACCCUUUUUGCCUGGCAUGGAAGUGGAUUGUGGAACUGGCACUCCAUUCUCCGGCAAGGCCUACACUACCAGCACGUGGUGUCUGGCCGGCGAUAUGGUGAUGGGGUUUACUUCAGUCCGCAGGCACAAUACAGCUUGGGCUUCAGCAGGGAAGUUCAGCUCAAGCCAGGCUAUUAUUGGGCUCAUUCUAUGCUCUCGAUUACGCAAGCUAUCUCACUCAACGAGGUGGUGAACAAACCCGACGAGUUUGUCUGCUCAUCGCCAACCUACGUGGUAAACAAGCUCGACUGGAUCCAAACACGAUACCUUUUUGUGAAAACCCAAACCAGCUUUAAAGGGGACAAUACACCACCAACAGAAGUCUACAAACAAGAUCCCGUUCGUCUCGCAUAUGGUUUAUCCGCCCCCCUCAUCAUCCCUUUGUCAGCCGUCUCCAAGUGGCGCAGACUGUGCGAAAGUGUUCAGGCCGCCCCAACCGGUUCUGGAAAACGUGUCAAGACCAUUGUGGGGGUUGACCAGGCCACGGCCGAGAGUCGCGAGGAUGACGCCAACAGUGUGGUUUCCGACGACGACGAUCUGGCGCUGGGGACAACCAGCUUCCUUGCCGAUGAAUCUGACGCGCAUCUCCAGAGUGAUGGAGCGUCUGCCGGAAACAACAUUGAGAAGGAAGCCAUGACGGAGCCGAGAUCCGAGGAGCCGGUCACUGAUUUCGUUCCCGGAACCCUCAACGUGGACAACAUCAAGUUUCUCGAGCCACCUCGAGACGCCACCAGCAUUGCCACUAAAUCCCUCAUGCGGUUGCUCCAGGACGCUCUGGCUGUUCAAGACAAGGUUGCCCUGGCCAGCUUGGGUUGGUAUAUUGACCGUGAUCUGGUCAACAACAUGUACCAAUGGAUCGUGGAACUGCAUAGCUUCCCGCUAACCCUACCUCUAGCCCAAGACAUGAAAGAGAACGGAAUCAGCUCAAUCGUUCUGGAGAUGCGGUUUUCCAAUCAGUUCCCGUUCAGCCCCCCAUUUAUCCGAGUGGUCAAACCUCGGUUCCUACCGUUUGCACAGGGAGGCGGCGGCAAUGUCACGGAAGGAGGAGCCAUGUGUAUGGAGGUCUUGACCAACAAUGGAUGGAGCGCGGCACAGAGCAUCGAAAGUCUCCUUCUUCAGGUCCGAUUGGCGAUCUGUGAUGAAGAACGGCCUGCGAGGCUGCUCAAGAACGCUGGUACUAGCACACAGGGACAAGAUACCUACGGUAUUGGAGAGGCCAUCAUCGCAUACAAGCGGGCUUGUCUCUCUCACGGCUGGCAAGUUCCUACGGGAUUCGACAAGAUCCAACAGGAAUAAGCGGUUGACAAACGGUUUCUCUCCGCAGGCAUCUCAAACGUGCGUUAUUGGCGGAUCGAGAACAAUGCCAUCAGAUUGACGACAUUGGGGAAUCGGGGAAAUGUGCAGAUUAUGGCGGAGUUACGGAGUUUUUUCGUUAAUGACAAGUGGGCUCUGGGACAGUGAAAGGCAAGCAAGCAAGGCGUUCAUUGAUGGGCCCAAUGCAGCACUGACUCGCGUCUGCAACAAAAGCAUUAGUUCUAUGGCCACGGGGAGCAGGAAAGGAGCUCCAUGAUUGUACGAUGUAAUUAGCUUGAUAGUGACUGAGACACACAUGCAGAUUGAAUUUGUUUCUAG